CUCCCCAGGUCUCUUUCCAAAUUACACCACGAUUUUCCAAUCCUAGAUCAAGAUGGGCGACCAAGUCGACCAAAUGGACAUCCAAGAGCCACAAAAGGGCGUUACUCCAAUUCUUUAUGAACUCGACCCCGCUGGAGACGUCACCUUUGUGGUUGUCAACAUUCCUCAGGAUCUGCCCGAAAAUCUAAGGGACCUGAAAGCCGACUUUCUUGCUGGGCAAUCAACUCCAGAAGCUACGCCUACUGGUUCUGAUAGGGAUGGGCAACUACCACCAGAAACCUCGACACCUGCUUCUUCCAAAAAGGCCGAUAAAAUCCGCCUCCGUAUCCGGGCGUCGUCAAAACACCUUGUGCUAGCUUCUGGGUACUUUGCUCGCAUGUUUGCGGGCGGUUUUAGCGAAGGCCUUGUCCUACAGUCUCAAGGCUCGGUAGAACUCCAGAUCCUUCAUGUUAAUGGUCUUGCCUUCCUUUUGCUGAUGCUGAUUAUCCAUGGUCGACCCCGACUUGUCCCGCGUAAGGUAUCAAAGGAAACGUUAACUGAUGUUGCUAUUCUGGUCGACUACUACCAGUGCCAGGAUCCAGUUGAAGUCUUCUCGGAUAUGUGGAUCAAAGAUCUUGAAGACGUCGAAGAGACCACCUCUCUAGCAAGUCUGCAAUGGGUAAUGAUUUCUUGGGUCUUCAAAUACAACCCCAAAUUCAAGAAGGCGAGCAAGGCGGUUGUGAGCGAUUCUCCAGAUACCAUCAGUUCUCUUGGACUUCCGCUCCCUGCAAAUAUACUAGCCAAGAUGAAUGAUCAACGAAUCAGUUUCCUCCAAAACUUUAUCGACGGCCUCCAUAGGCAACUUGAAGUCAUCACCAAGGGCUGCUUGAAGCGUGGUGACCGCAACACCAAGAAUGUAGAGUUGUGUCUUUGCGCUGUUCUGGGAGCAUUCACACAUGACAUGUUCGCCUUGAACGUCCUUUCGCCGAAGCCCGAAAGCCCCUUUAGUAAUAUCCAAAUCUCCAAGCUCGUUGCAGCUUUCAAAGAAACACCAGACUCGCCCCGUGUUGAAGACGAGCACAGUACCACCCACAACGACUGCCGCCUAUCGGCUCGGCGCAAAGCCCUGUUCCAGCAGCACCCAUUACCCGAAGGGUUAGACCUUGAUGAUCUUAAUGCCUGAGCGAUGCCACUGGUCCGCCACUCUUUUGACCCCCACGCUUAUUUUGUGCCAUCGCCAGUCCAGCACUUUCUCUCGUCCACUGUUCGAACUAAUACUCCUUGCAGGGGAGCUACCAGUGUCAGGAACAUGGCAAAGCAUGCAUGUAUGCCCGGGUUUAAUGUCAAUACCACGUUGAGGCAGUAAAUUCGAGCUGCCGGGAGCUUUAGGGCUAUAUGCUUGCUGAAAUAUGGCUAAACUUUCCAAGUUAUAGGGGCGAGAGGAUAUUGAAAAUAAAAGUUCCUGAGUCGAGUGAUUAUGCCGCACGCUAUCGGAAUCUUGCGUGGUAGUUAGAAAGGUGUCUCUUGGGUACGGUGAGAACUGAUUCAAUUGUGUCAUAUAUUCCUGUAGAGGUACGACCGAGUCUGUAGUUAUUAUAAGAGUGAACCCGCUUCCUGCGGUUAAUUGGCUUGUUAGAGCCCUGAACAAUACCCUAUUUGACGACGGGUGUCAUGUCCACAAUAGUUGAAGAAGCACCUUACUAUGAUCGAAGCAACCCAGGC